CCUCCCUGUCCGGGGGCAAGGGGUUAAAAUGGCGCGGCAAAAGUUUUCUCCGUUGAAUGGAUUGUUAUAAAUUAUGUGCACGAUUUAGGGUUUCGGAUUUCCAGUUUAUUUAUGGAACAUGCAUGAGUAAUUCCUGCUGGAUUGAUUGAAUCAUCCUUAGAAAUUACCCAGAGAUUUGGAUUGAAGGCACUUCUGUUAAUCAGAAUACAGAGAAGAAGAAUUGAAGAAGAAGAAAAAUGUUGGCGGCGUGUAGGUGCAUCGGAGCGACCGAGCUUAUUCAAGUUAAUGGCAGAAAUUUCACCUCUCCCAAAAGCGGAGCCGCAUUCUUGCUCUAUUGCAAUCGCAAUUACAAUAAUCUUCCAACCGGCGCAGUUGGAAGUAUCUCCGAUCGACAUCUGAGCUUAGGCAGCAACUUCAGCAGGACCCAUGAUGAUCGUAUUUUACCCAUUUCAGGCCGUGAUUCUCGCAGUUUUAGUACCUGUAGAUCGAAUUCGAAUCCGUUGAACCGUGUUCAUGCUUUCUUGUCUGAUCCUUCUCCUUCACCCUCGACGAGAGGGCUUUCACCCGGUUCAAUGUUAAAUUGGCGACUAGUGUUCUCAACGUCUUCAGGAAAUGGCAGUGGUGCAGCAUCUCCCAACAGCAGAAGUACUAAGCCUACUAGUAAAGGGUCAGAGUCCCAAGUUGCUGACAUGAAGAUUCUUCGUACUCUUGCUAGUUACUUGUGGAUGAAGGACAAUUCCGAGUUCCAUCUCAGGGUUAUUAUGGCUUUGGGUUUUUUGGUCGGGGCUAAGAUUUUGAACGUUCAGGUACCAUUUCUCUUCAAGUUAGCUGUUGACUGGUUGACCACUGCUUCCGGGAAUGCAGCUGCUCUUGCUUCUUUCACUGCCGCUAAUUCCACCAUGUUAACUCUUUUUGCGACACCAGCUGCGGUUUUAGCUGGUUAUGGAAUUGCCCGGUCCGGGGCUUCUGCUUUCAACGAGCUGCGGACUGCUGUUUUCUCCAAGGUAGCACUACGAACGAUUCGAUCUGUAUCACGCAAGGUUUUUUCACACUUGCAUGACCUUGACCUCCAGUAUCAUCUUAGCCGUGAGACAGGUGCCUUAAGUAGAACUAUUGAUCGUGGUAGUCGUGCUAUAAAUUUUAUUCUUUCAGCCAUGGUUUUCAAUGUUGUACCCACCAUCUUAGAGAUAUCCAUGGUAUCAGGUAUUCUGGCCUAUAAAUUUGGAGCUCCAUUUGCAUUGAUCACUUCACUAUCAGUGACAGCAUAUGUCAUUUUUACAUUGACCGUAACUCAGUGGAGAACUAAGUUUAGGAAGGCCAUGAAUAAGGCUGACAAUGAUGCAAACACCAGGGCAAUUGAUUCACUUAUUAAUUAUGAGACAGUCAAAUACUUCAAUAAUGAAGCCUAUGAAGCCAACAAAUACGAUGAGUAUCUCAAGAAGUAUGAGGAUGCUGCUCUGAAAACACAGCGGAGUCUGGCCUCCUUGAACUUUGGCCAAAAUGUAAUAUUUAGCACAGCUCUGUCAACUGCUAUGGUGCUGUGUUCACAUGGAGUGAUGAGUGGGAAUAUGACAGUUGGGGAUCUGGUUAUGGUGAAUGGACUACUUUUCCAGUUAUCUCUUCCUCUUAAUUUCCUUGGUAGUGUUUAUCGGGAGACCAUUCAGAGCCUUGUUGAUAUGAAAUCGAUGUUUCAAUUGCUGGAGGAAAGAGCUGAUAUCAGAGACAAGGACAAUACGAAGCCUUUAAAGUUGGAUGGGGGUAGCAUUGAGUUCGAUAAUGUACAUUUCAGUUACCUGGCAGAAAGAAAGAUUCUUGACGGGGUAUCUUUCGUUGUACCUGCUGGAAAGAGUGUAGCUAUUGUUGGUACCAGUGGCAGUGGCAAGUCAACUAUUCUUCGCUUGCUCUUCAGGUUCUUUGACAUCCAUUCAGGAAGUAUUAAAAUUGAUGGUCAAGAUGUACGGGAGGUGACACUAGAUAGCUUACGGAAAUUUGUUGGCGUUGUGCCACAAGAUCUGGUCCUGUUCAAUGAUACAAUUUUCCAUAAUAUUCAUUAUGGUCGUCUUUCAGCUACGAAGGAGGAGGUUUACGAUGCAGCUCAACGUGCUGCAAUACAUGAUACUAUCAUGAACUUUCCUCAACAAUAUUCUACAGUUGUUGGCGAAAGGGGGCUUAAGUUGAGUGGUGGUGAGAAACAACGUGUGGCUUUAGCUCGAGCAUUCUUGAAAGCACCUUCCAUUCUGCUAUGUGAUGAGGCUACAAGUGCAUUAGAUAGCACAACGGAGGCAGAAAUUUUGACUGCAUUGAAGUCACUUGCGAAUAAUCGAACCUCGAUCUUCAUUGCUCAUAGGCUUACUACUGCCAUGCAGUGUGAUGAGAUUAUAGUUUUGGAGAAUGGUAAGGUGAUUGAACAAGGACCCCAUGAAGUUCUCUUAUCAAAUGCUGGAAGAUAUGCACAGCUGUGGGGCCAGCAAAAUAACACCAUUGAUGCACUUGAGACAGCAGUUAAAUUGGAAGCACAAUAAAAGGGAAAAUAUUCAAGAUCAUCCAAGAUAAGGAAAUUUCACCCUCCAAUAAUUUAUCUAGUUUUGCGUUGGUUUAUAGGACCUUGAUUUUUGUUAUAUGUACCAUAUUGUAAUACCUUUAUCAUCAUUACAUCAAUUUAAGAGUGUUUAAUUUAAGAA